UUAUAUGUGUCGAUUCAAUGCUGAAUUGGAGCAGAUUGAAUUACAAAACAGUAUUAAAGGUAGACAAGGAAGACAGCAUGGUUCACGGGAAACUGUCAUCAAGCAGACCAUAGAACGUGAAAGACAACUCUAUGAAGGCUAUGGAAUAGAAAUCCCAGACAUUAUGAACAGAAAGCAUCUUAAAUUUUUCAGAGAAUGGGAUGGUGAUCUGAGGAAACUGCCAAACAUCAAAAUGAAAAAGCUCUCAGCUAGGGAUGCUGCUUGCAGUCACCCUGAGGGGGCAGAUGUGGAAGCUAAAGAAGAAUUGAAUAAAGCAGAAGAGGUGGCCUAA